UUGCUCAAAGUGGGCUUCUGUGUGUUUCCAUAGCAGCAGUCAUGCUAAUGAUUUUCUCAUUUUAGGGACUUUUUUGGGGGGGGGGUGCUUCUUUAUAGCUUUAUAAUGCAGCAUUAAACAACAAAUAGCAUAUUUAGGUCAAGGAAGGAAAAUGUUUGUUAAUAGGAGUGCCAGGCUGAGCAUUCUGGGAGGGUGAUUUUCUUGCAGCCGAGGAAGAUUCUUUGUGGUUCACAGCAGCAGUUUGCAGCAGGGUAUCUCUCUGAUACUACCCUUUCAUUUUGGAUGGGCUCUGAGACUUAAAGAAUUCAAGCCAUCAGCAUCCCAGCCAUUUUUGGCAAUCACGUGUCAUUGCUACCUAAGAACAAAUAAGGAAAAAAAAAGAUUCCAAUUAAAAGCCUCUAUUGGAGGAGGGGUAGACUUUGAGGGCUUCCAUGCAGCUGAGGUGUAUCAUCUUGGUGUUCUACUGCUCCUGCUGUUUCACACUCUGAGGCUGGAUUUUUGUCAGUCUCUCCUUGGACGGAAGAGGAUUUAGUACGGCAGCUGAUGCUUUCCUUCUGUUCAGAUUUUGUUGAAGAUGGUACAGUGGGAGCUUGUUCCUGAGGAAUCCAGGAAGAGGAUAUGGAGAUGGAGCAAGCAGUGAUAGGAAUGUGAAUUUUGACAGGUUUGGGAUGGGUUGUACUACUAGUGUGAUUCUGUUUAAAGGCAUCCGCACAGUUUUCGAAAGAAACUGUGCUUAUAUGUGCAAACAGCAAGGAGAGAAUAAUGCCCUUGAAUAUACAGCACACAGUUGGACAAAGGAAGAUUCAGGACUGUUCAUCUACUCCUCUCUGGCAAAACCAAAGCUAAUUGAGCCACUUGACUAUGAAAAUGUUAUUGUCCAGAAGAAGACUCAAAUCUUGAAUGAUGGUUUACGUGAGAUGCUGCUGUUUCCUUAUGAUGACUUUCAGACAGCAAUAUUGAGGCGACAGGGUCGAUACGUAUGUUCAACGGUUCCUACAAAUGCAGAGAAGGAGGCCCAAAGCUUAUUUGUUACAGAGUGCAUCAAAACCUACAAUUCUGACUGGCACGUUGUGAACUAUAAAUAUGAAGACUACUCCGGAGAGUUCCGGCAGCUUCCAAACAAAGUGGCAAAAUUGGAUAAACUUCCUGUCCACGUUUAUGAAGUGGAUGAAGAGGCUGACAAAGAUGAGGAUGCUGCAUCUCUUGGCUCUCAGAAAGGUGGCAUAACCAAGCAUGGAUGGUUGUACAAAGGCAAUAUGAACAGUGCCAUUAGUGUGACCAUGAGGUCAUUUAAGAGACGGUUUUUCCAUUUGAUUCAACUUGGUGAUGGAUCCUAUAAUUUGAAUUUCUACAAAGAUGAGAAAAUCUCCAAGGAGCCAAAAGGAUCAAUAUUUUUGGAUUCUUGUAUGGGUGUAGUUCAGAACAACAAAGUCCGGCGCUUUGCUUUCGAGCUCAAGAUGCAGGAUAAGAGUAGUUAUCUUCUGGCAGCAGAUAGUGAAUUGGAAAUGGAAGAGUGGAUUACAACACUCAACAAAAUUCUGCAGCUCAAUUUUGAAGCCGCAAUGCAAGAAAAACGUAAUGGAGAAGCUCAUGAAGAUGAUGAACAAAGCAAAUUGGAAAGUUCUUCCUCUGGUUUAGAUAGUUACCUGCCUGAACUCACCAAGAGUCCCCGAGAAGCAGAGAUCAAAUUAAAAAGUGAAAGCAGAGUGAAACUCUUUGUCUUGGAUCCAGAUGCCCAGAAGCUUGAAUUUACGGGACUCGAACCAGAAGUGAAGCCAUUUGAAGAGAAGUUUGGCAAAAGGAUACUUGUCAAGUGCAAUGAUUUGUCCUUUAAUUUGCAAUGCUGUGUCGCUGAGAACGAGGAAGGACCCACAACAAAUGUAGAGCCUUUCUUUGUGACCCUCUCACUGUUCGACAUAAAACAUAAUAGAAAGAUUUCUGCCGAUUUUCACGUGGACUUGAACCACUUCUCAGUGAGACAAAUGCUACCUGGCCCACCCCAGCACCUGGUGAAUGGCAGCGGAGAUAGUUUACAGAGGAUUCAAAAUUUCUUUCAUGAAACCAUGUUGCAGUAUCCAAAGCAGGGUAUAUUUUCAGUCACCUGUCCCCAUCCUGAUAUAUUUCUUGUGGCUAGAAUUGAAAAAGUCCUCCAGGGAAGCAUCACACAUUGUGCUGAGCCAUACAUGAAAAGUUCAGACUCAUCUAAGGUUGCCCAGAAGGUGCUGAAAAAUGCUAAGCAGGCAUGCCAAAGACUAGGACAAUACAGAAUGCCAUUUGCUUGGGCAGCAAGAACGUUGUUUAAAGAUUCAUCUGGAAAUCUUGACAAAAAUGCCAGAUUUUCUGCCCUCUACAGACAAGACAGCAAUAAACUAUCAAAUGAAGACAUGCUUAAGUUAUUAGCAGACUUCCGGAAGCCUGAGAAGAUGGCCAAAUUACCUGUUAUUUUAGGCAACCUAGACAUCACAAUUGAUAAUGUUUCUUCAGACUUUCCCAAUUAUGUUAACUCAUCAUACAUUCCCAUGAAACAAUUUGAACACAGUACCAAAACUCUAGUCACGUUUGAAGUAGAGGAGUUUGUUCCCUGCAUCCCAAAACAUACUCAACCUUUCACCAUCUACAAUAAUCACCUUUAUGUUUAUCCCAAGUCCUUGAAAUAUGACAGUCAAAAGUCUUUUGCAAAGGCCAGGAAUAUCGCAAUUUGUAUUGAGUUCAAAGAUUCAGAUGAAGAGGAUUCUCAGCCUCUUAAGUGCAUUUAUGGCAGACCUGGUGGCCCAGUAUUUACCAGAAGUUCUUCUGCAGCUGUUUUACAUCAUCACCAAAACCCAGAACUUUAUGAUGAGAUUAAAAUAGAACUGCCCACACAGCUCCACGAAAAGCACCACUUGCUGUUCACGUACUACCACGUCAGCUGCGAUAAUUCUAGUAAAGGGAGCACGAAGAAGAGAGAUGUUGUGGAAACACAAGUUGGAUAUUCUUGGCUUCCACUCCUGAAAGACGGAAGGGUGGUAACCAGUGAGCAGCACAUUCCUGUAUCAGCUAAUCUUCCAUCUGGCUACCUUGGCUACCAAGAGCUUGGAAUGGGCAAGCAUCACGGGCCGGAAAUUAAAUGGGUGGAUGGAGGCAAGCCACUGUUGAGAGUUUCAACACAUCUAGUUUCUACUGUGUAUACUCAGGAUCAGCACUUACAUAAUUUUUUUCAGUACUGCCAGAAAACAGAAUCUGGAGCUCAGGCCUUAGGGAAUGAUCUUGUAAAAUAUCUUAAGAGUCUUCAUGCAAUGGAGGGUCAUGUCAUGAUAGCUUUCUUGCCCACCAUCCUCAAUCAGCUUUUCCGAGUUCUCACCAGGACGACCCAAGAGGAAGUAGCAGUCAAUGUGACGAGGGUCAUUAUCCAUGUGGUUGCCCAGUGCCAUGAAGAAGGAUUGGAGAGUCACUUGAGGUCCUAUGUAAAGUAUGCUUAUAAAGCUGAGCCAUUCGUUGCUUCGGAAUAUAAGACUGUGCAUGAAGAACUGGCCAAGUCCAUGACCACAAUCCUAAAACCUUCUGCUGACUUCCUUACCAGCAAUAAACUCCUCAAGUAUUCGUGGUUUUUCUUUGAAGUUUUGAUAAAAUCCAUGGCUCAGCAUCUGAUAGAAAACUCAAAAGUCAAGUUGUUGCGAAACCAGAGAUUCCCGGCCUCCUAUCAUCAUGCAGUUGAAACAGUUGUUAAUAUGCUGAUGCCACACAUCACUCAGAAAUUCAGAGACAAUCCCGAGGCCUCAAAAAAUGCCAACCACAGCCUUGCAGUUUUUAUAAAGAGAUGUUUCACCUUUAUGGACAGAGGCUUUGUUUUCAAACAGAUCAACAACUAUAUCAGCUGUUUUGCACCUGGAGAUCCAAAGACGCUUUUUGAAUUCAAGUUUGAAUUUCUCCGUGUAGUGUGCAACCAUGAACACUAUAUCCCUUUGAAUUUGCCAAUGCCGUUUGGAAAAGGCAGGAUUCAGAGAUAUCAAGCUUUUCUUUCACCAACUGUGGAGUCGCAUGACACUCCUCUAGAUCUUCAGCUUGACUACUCAUUAACAGAUGAGUUCUGCAAGUACCAUUUCCUAGUGGGCCUACUGCUAAGGGAGGUGGGAAAUGCCCUACAAGAAUUCAGGGAUGUCCGGCAGAUUGCAAUUAGUGUGCUGAAGAAUCUGUUGAUAAAGCAUUCUUUUGAUGACAGAUAUGCUUCAAGGAGCCAUCAAGCAAGGAUCGCUACUUUAUAUCUACCUCUGUUUGGCCUACUAAUAGAAAAUGUCCAGCGAAUCAAUGUGAAAGAUGUGUCACCCUUCCCGGUUAACCCAAGCACUAAUGCAAAGGAGGAAUCACUAAAUAUGCCAACUACAAAUCCAUUAGUAACCCCACAGAAAUCAGCAAAUACACUGGAUAACAACCUACAUAAAGACCUCUUUGGCGUUAUCUCCGGCAUUGCAUCGCCCUAUACCACGUCAACUCCAAAUAUCAAUAGUGUGAGAAAUGCUGAUUCAAGAGGCUCUCUCGUCAGCACCGAUUCAGUGAACAGUCUUCCAGAAAGGAACCUCGAGAAGACCAAUUCCCUUGACAAGGUACACCAACAGAGUGGUACUUCUGGGAGCUCAGUAGUCCGCUGUGACAAACUUGACCAGUCAGAGAUUAAGAGUCUACUCAUGUGCUUCCUAUACAUCUUAAAGAGCAUGUCUGAUGAUGCUUUAUUUACAUAUUGGAACAAGGCUUCAACAUCUGAACUUAUGGAUUUUUUCACAAUAUCAGAAGUGUGUUUACAUCAGUUCCAGUACAUGGGAAAGCGAUAUAUAGCAAGGAACCAGGAGGGGUUGGGACCCAUAGUUCAUGAUCGAAAGUCUCAGACAUUGCCUGUUUCCCGUAACAGAACAGGAAUGAUGCAUGCCAGAUUGCAGCAGCUGAGCAGCCUGGAUAACUCUCUCACAUUUAACCACAGCUAUGGCCACUCUGAUGCUGAUGUUCUUCACCAGUCGUUACUAGAAGCAAACAUUGCCACUGAAGUUUGCCUCACUGCUCUGGACACUUUAUCGUUAUUCACGUUGGCAUUUAAGAACCAGCUUCUGGCUGAUCACGGACAUAAUCCGCUGAUGAAAAAGGUGUUUGAUGUUUACCUGUGUUUUCUUCAAAAACACCAAUCCGAGACAGCUUUGAAAAACGUCUUCACUGCCUUAAGGUCGUUAAUUUACAAGUUUCCUUCUACAUUUUAUGAAGGAAGGGCAGACAUGUGUGCUGCCUUGUGCUAUGAGAUCCUCAAAUACUGUAAUUCCAAGCUGAGUUCCAUUCGUACUGAUGCCUCCCAGCUGCUGUAUUUCCUAAUGAGGAAUAAUUUUGACUACACAGGAAAAAAAUCCUUUGUGAGGACACAUCUGCAAGUUAUCAUUUCUGUAAGCCAACUGAUAGCAGAUGUUGUCGGGAUUGGAGGAACCAGGUUCCAGCAGUCCCUUUCCAUCAUCAAUAACUGUGCCAACAGUGACAGACUUAUAAAGCAUACUAGCUUCUCAUCAGACGUAAAGGAUUUGACCAAACGGAUUCGCACAGUCUUAAUGGCCACAGCUCAAAUGAAGGAGCAUGAAAAUGAUCCCGAGAUGCUAGUGGACCUCCAGUACAGUUUGGCCAAGUCCUAUGCAAGCACUCCUGAACUCAGAAAGACGUGGCUGGACAGCAUGGCAAGAAUCCAUGUCAAAAAUGGGGAUCUCUCCGAGGCAGCUAUGUGCUACGUCCACGUAACAGCCUUGGUAGCUGAAUAUCUAACAAGGAAAGAAGCAGAUAUAACAUUCCGGCGGGAGCUAUCCUACCUCCCCUCCAGCCACAGCACCUUCCAGAGGAGCAGUCGGGGAGGCAUGUUUAGACAAGGAUGCACAGCCUUCAGGGUAAUUACCCCCAAUAUAGAUGAAGAGGCCUCAAUGAUGGAAGAUGUUGGGAUGCAGGAUGUCCAUUUUAAUGAGGAUGUGUUGAUGGAAUUGCUAGAACAGUGCGCAGAUGGGCUCUGGAAGGCUGAACGCUAUGAGCUGAUUGCUGACAUCUAUAAACUCAUAAUUCCCAUUUAUGAGAAACGCAGAGAUUUUGAGAGACUAGCUCAUCUAUAUGACACUCUCCAUCGAGCAUACAGCAAAGUCACAGAAGUCAUGCAUACUGGCAAGAGACUUCUGGGGACUUAUUUCAGAGUGGCAUUCUUUGGACAGGCAGCGCAAUACCAGUUUACAGACACUGACACAGAUGUGGAGGGAUUCUUUGAAGAUGAAGAUGGAAAGGAGUAUAUUUACAAAGAACCUAAGCUGACACCUUUGUCAGAAAUCUCCCAAAGACUACUAAAGCUUUACUCAGACAAAUUUGGUUCUGAAAAUGUCAAAAUGAUCCAAGAUUCUGGCAAGGUCAACCCUAAGGAUUUGGAUUCAAAAUAUGCCUAUAUCCAAGUAACCCAUGUAACCCCAUUCUUUGAUGAAAAGGAAUUACAAGAAAGGAAGACUGACUUUGAAAGAACUCAUAACAUCCGCCGUUUCAUGUUUGAAAUGCCAUUUACUCAGAGUGGUAAGCGACAGGGUGGAGUUGAAGAACAGUGUAAACGACGUACAAUAUUGACAGCAAUCCACUGUUUCCCUUAUGUGAAGAAGCGCAUUCCUGUGAUGUACCAGCAUCAUACGGAUCUGAAUCCCAUUGAGGUGGCCAUUGAUGAGAUGAGUAAGAAGGUGGCUGAGCUCAGGCAGCUGUGUGCUUCAGCUGAAGUGGAUAUGAUCAAGCUUCAGCUAAAACUACAGGGCAGUGUCAGCGUUCAGGUUAACGCUGGUCCUCUCGCAUAUGCCCGAGCUUUCUUAGACGACUCAAAUACCAAAAGAUAUGCUGAUAAUAAAAUAAAGCUCUUGAAGGAAGUUUUCAGGCAGUUUGUUGAAGCUUGUGGUCAAGCUCUGGCAGUAAACGAACGUCUUAUUAAAGAAGACCAGAUAGAAUAUCAGGAAGAAAUGAAGGCCAAUUACAGGGAAAUGGCAAAAGAGCUCUCUGAAAUCAUGCAUGAACAGAUCUGUCCCAUGGAAGAGAAAGCAAACGUCUUACCUAAUUCACUUCACAUUUUCAAUGCCAUCAGCGGAACGCCAACAAGCACAACUGUUCACGGGAUGCCUAGUUCUUCUUCACUUGCAUGAUUGUUGCUCAUCAGACAUUUAGAGGAUGUGUGGUUUUGUUUCAUCAUUUACGGACUUGGGAGGACUUCAGAUCGAGAACACAGACAAGACAAUGGGUGUGAGAAAAGUUGGAAGUAAAUUGUCUCGUUUCAUAGUAAACUUUCUAUAGAAGUAAUAAAGGGAUGCGCAUUUUUUUUUAAUUCCACUGGCACCACAUACAGUUGUUGUUACGUCAUUAUGUCUCAGCAGAGGCGUGUGGUGGAAACUACAGCUAGAGCUAAGAUGUUCCUUAUUCCUUACGUAGUAGUAUUAAAAUAAAUGGCACAUUUAAAGAAAUGUUGGUGAAUGUAUAUAGCAGUGAGAAUAACACUGUUUAGGGUUGGAUUAGUCCUUUCUGGGCUAGGCUUGCGGAUGUUGAAAAUAUUUAGGUAUUCUCUAUUUUUCUCCCAUGGCACAUUCAGAUUGAGUACAAGGACAAGAACUAUUUUUGUGCCUAGAUAGACACUAGUUUUUGAUGAUGUAAGGGAACUGACAAUUAUAGUUUUUUGUACCAGUGAACAAGAAAGAAAAAAUCCUAUUUUAUAUUUACUGGUAUUCACAAAGGAUGUGAUCUUAAAACUGGUCACACCAUUUAGAACCAAAUUAUUACUGUAUUAAUAAAUACAGUUAGGCUACAAUUUAAAAAACAGUAUAAAAAUUGACAUGUACAUAGUGUUUGUUAAUACAGAAUCAACAUCCUGUACAUACAUGUUAUACUUUUUUUUAAUACUCAUACCAGCUUUUUCGUUAAGUUUAAUUGUAACUGAUUUGUGCUAUUCUUCAUAUAAGCUCCAUAUUUGACAUGACAGUUUUAUUCUUGUACAUAAAUAAGUGCAAUAUGAAGGUGUAUACAGUCUUUGCUCUGUUAGGUUUAUACACUGUUUUAAAAAAAAUUCAUCUUUUUGCCAAAAUGAUGGUUAGGAAUUGGUAAUCAUGAAUCCUGUGGUCAAUGGUGGCAUAAUUUAAAGCUUUUACCAUGUUGUUGUUCUUUUAAGACAUUAAUUUAGUAAUUUUAUAUUUGGGAGAACAAAGGUUUUUAAUUUUAUUUAACUGGAAUCACUGCCCUGCUGUAAUUAAACAUUCUGUACCACAUCUGUAUUAAAA